AUGGAAGGAAAAUGUGGUGUGUGUGGUGAUCCUAUCGAUGGACCUCGUAAUAAUGAAGCACCGAAUGGUAAAUAUUUUACGGGAACUAUUCUUGGUACUUACAGAUCGGGAGCAAUGAUCGAUGUGCGUAUUGAAAUGAUGGCUAAUCAUUUGGGUUGGUUCAACUUCAAGGUUUGUCCAGUAACAAACGAUGCUGUGGAAGUGACACAAGAAUGUCUUGACCGAUAUCCACUUAGGAUUGUGGAAGCCCCUACUACAAUCACAAAUGCUUACCGUUGGGAUAUCUCAGGUACUGCCAAUGUAAAAACAAUUUAUUCAAAAAUCAUAAAAUGA